AUGUUUCAAAGCCAACAGUAUGAAACAUUAAUAUUAAUUGAAAAUGAAACCCAGCCGAGACAAUUUUUAUACUCACAGUUCUACGAGAGCAACAAUAACAAAUCAUCCUUGGAUUUAAUACCAAAAUUGUUAUUAACACAAGAUAAUAUAGACAUUUUGGAAACAUCUUGGAACAUAAAUUCUCAAUUGUUAAUAAUACUCAGCCUACCACUACCAUACUCUACACAAAAUGUUGAUAUUUUAGAGAAAUUCCUACAAAUUCAUCCAAAAACUUUAAACAUUAAAAUACAACACCCUUUGCUCACUUACCCCGAUCAGUUACAGCCCCGCACUAUACUACUAUAUGAUAAAAAAGGUCAAAUCAAAAUGUUGGGCUACAUCGGACGUCUUAUUACUUGUUACGCCCAGAAAAUAAAUGCCUCUAUAAAGAUCCCAUUUCCCAUAAAAAUCAACAAUCCCAUAUUCUUUACCGAUGUUAUGGAAAUGACCUUAAAUGGUUCUUUGGAUAUACCCGCCAGCAUUGUCAACCCGAAUGAAGCAAAAGCCAUGAAAUAUUACAGUCGUUAUGUAGAAUUGAGUAAAUGGUUUCCCAUGUUACCGGUUGCCGACUAUUUGACUCCCUGGGAAAUUUAUUAUACCUUAAUUCUACAAGAUUUCGGUGCCAUCUUCAUUACCAUGUUUGUCAUUUAUACUCUUCUUUUGCUGAUAAUAGAACUUCUAAGGAAUCUUACGGCAUCUUAUACAUCUGUACUUCUGAAAUCUAUAAUAAAUCAGCAAGUUUUUUUGGGUCUCUUGGGUUCCUCAUUUCAAAUUGUCAAUCGCAGAAAAUACUACACCUCCUACAAGUUUUUCAUCUUACUUAUACAAUUUACGGGUUUUAUGUUGGCCAUUUUCAGCAACACCUACUUAACCUCCAACAUAACUACACCACCCAAACAUCAGGAAAUCAAUUCUUGGGAUUAUCUACAAAAAUUAAAUUUAAAAAUUCUUAUGCUACAACAAGGUUACGAUUUACUGGACUUAAAUGUUCCGGAAUUUGUUAAAUUGCGCAAUAGUUUAAAUAAAUCUGUAGCCUAUGGCGUCACCAGCAGUCAAUGGCUUAUCUAUGAAAAACAACAAAUGUAUUUUUCCGAAAAACUUUUUCGCUAUUCCAAUAACAUGUAUUUUACUAAUUUUAUGAUUUAUGUUCUGCCCCUGCCGGCAAAUUCCAUUUUUGAAAAAUCUUUAAAUCAUUUUAUAGCGAAUUUAGUUUCAGCAGGUAUAUUACAAUACUGGUAUAGGUCAUCGUUCUUUGAUAUGAUUGAAACGGGACGUAUGUCUUUUAGAGACAUGAGUUGCGCUCGUGGCUAUAAGCCGGCCACAUAA